UCCACCGUGAUCAUAUUCACUGAAAUAUGGAUCAAAUUAUCAACGCCGUUCCAGGUGUUGCUCUAUCAACCGUAGUUGGCCAGUUAGUGGUAGCCAUAACAAAUGCAAGAAAGACGGCCAAAAGAUUUAAACCCCUUCUCAAUCAUCUCAGAGAUACAGUUAAUUUUAUUACACCAAGGGUCGAGGAGAUAAACCGGUCCGCUAAUUCUCAUGAAAUCCAGAAGCUGUUGAAUCUUUUGAAUCAAGCAAAGGAAACCGUUGAUAAAUCCUCUAGAGUAAGCUCCUGGAAUAUUAGCAAGAAGUACAAGUUCGCCCAAGAGCUCAUUGAACUGGAUUCUUCGAUUCGAACAACGUUGGAUGUAUUCUUUCCGGUUAUGAUAUAUGGAGACACUAGAAAAAUCCUGGAUUCCGUUGAUCAACUGAAGAUGAUGUUUUCGAUUUUCUUUUAUGUUAUGCUUGAACAUCUUCAUUCAGGUGCUAAAAGCACCGGUGGUGCUAUCUUUGAUCUGAUUCGAGAUAAAAUUGUACAUUCUCAGCCUGCAGAAGUUGUAAACGACAUAGCUUUAUGGAAGAGAAAGGAGAUAAGCGGAUCGCUUCUUGUAAGCUCAACUGCAACAUGGCUAUUGCAGCACGUUUGUGAAUACAAUUUUCUCACUAUUGCUUCGUGGGGAGCCAUUUUCGUUGUCACUUCAUUGUUCAUUUGGAGAUAUGUGAACAGAUUUCUUGACCGGGAAGAAGCAAGCAAAUCAAGAUUGGAAAAGCUCCGAGAGCAAGUCGCCAUGGAGACCGCAAACGCUUGUUGGGAAGUGACUGAUAAAGUAAUAAGAUGGGUAUUUGAUGCGACUGAUGUUGAGGCAAAUUGGACUGUAUUUCCUCAAAGCGUUGCCUUACUUCUACUUUUCUCCUAUGUGGGAAGCUUCUUUGAUCUCCCAACACUUUGUGGAGUUGUUAUGACGGGUACGACAGUUCCUGUGAUAGUGGCAAAGCAUGGGGAUCGAAUUAUGCCAUUUGGGAGUACGGUUGGAAAAGUGUGCGAGAUGCUUGUGGAGAAUCUAACCAAUACAAUGAAGAACGUUGGUAAAGAGGAAAUUAGGAAGAAGAAAAUGAAAAAACAAUACUAAUAUAUAUAUAGGUUAUGAUCCACUUCUAUUAAGUAAAAUGGGAAUUAAAAGUAAGACCAUGAGAUAAUAUAGAACGCAAUAUGAGGGAGAACAAUCUUUAUAUUGCUUGUAUUGUCUAAGAAUGAACAUGGCCUCUGAUUAUAGGGCUUUAAACAUCAUAAGAUAUAUAAAUUUAAACUUCAAAAGUCACCCUACAUUGAAUAGAGUUCU